CACAAGCGGCGACGCCAGCGCUCGCGGUCCGUAGCGGCCGCCGCAGCGGGGUUUACCUAGCUUUAGAGACGGCGGGCUUUCGCCGGAUGGUUGCUGCAGUGCGAUCAUGACGGGGAAGAAGUCUUCCCGGGAGAAGCGGCGCAAACGAAGCGGUCAGGAGGCGGCCUCCGCGCUCGCGGCGCCGGACCUGGUGCCCGCCUUAGCCAGUAGCGGUAGUGGAAGCACCAGCGGCUGCGGGAGUACCAGCGGCUGCGGGAGCGUCACCUGCUGUGGAAACACCAGCUUCAGUGGAAGUGUCACCGGCGGUGGGAGUGGAGGCAGCUGCUGGGGCGGGAGCAGCGUGGAGCGCAGCGAGCGCCGGAAGCGGAGGAGCACUGACUCAUCCUCCAGCGUCUCGGGGUCCCUACCGCAGGAUACCAAAUACCUUUUGCCAACUUUGGAAAAAGAAUUAUUCUUGGCAGAGCACAGUGACCUUGAAGAAGGUGGACUGGACCUGACUGUGUCAUUAAAACCAGUUAGUUUCUAUAUAUCAGACAAAAAAGAAAUGCUUCAGCAGUGUUUCUGUAUCAUAGGGGAGAAAAAGUUACAGAAGAUGCUUCCUGAUGUGUUAAAGAACUGUUCAAUAGAAGAAAUUAAAAAACUGUGCCAGGAACAAUUAGAGCUCCUAUCUGAAAAAAAAAUCUUGAAGAUUCUCGAGGGUGACAAUGGUAUGGACUCUGAUAUGGAAGAGGAGGCAGAUGAUGGCACUAAGAUGGGAUCUGAUUUAGUCAGUCAACAAGACAUCUGUGUAGAUUCUGCUUCAGCUGUGAGAGAGAACAAGCAACCUGAAGGUUUAGAAUUAAAACAAGGCAAAGGGGAAGAUAGUGAUGUACUCAGUAUAAAUGCAGAUGCAUAUGACAGCGACAUAGAAGGCCCAUGCAACGAAGAAGCUGCUGCUCCUGAGGUCCCAGAAAAUACAGCCCAAAGUGAAGCUGGUCAGAUAGAUGACCUGGAGAAAGACAUUGAGAAAAGUGUGAAUGAGAUUCUGGGACUGGCAGAAUCCAGCCCAAAGGAACCCAAAGCAGCCACCCUGACUGUUCCUCCACCAGAAGAUGUUCAGCCUUCCGCACAGCAGCUGGAGCUGCUAGAACUUGAGAUGAGGGCAAGAGCUAUUAAAGCCCUGAUGAAAGCUGGUGAUAUAAAAAAGCCAGCCUAGUUAUUUGACUUGAAUCUGAGUUCUAGGUGUGUUUGAGCAAAGCCACAUCAUCUAAUUUUGUAUAUGACUUUUAUUUUGAGUCUUAUGUGAUAUUUCUCAUGUAAUCCUUAUUAGAUAAACUCAUUUUAGGCCUAAAAUACCUGUGAUUUUUUUUUUUGGGUUGUUGUUACAUUUAUAUAUGUGUUACUGCUUUAUGAAUUCAUGGCAAGUAUCAUUGGAUAACCUGGAUACUUUGUUAGAUGAGCAUUUAGCUAUGUCUGCAAAUUAAUAUCUGAAAAGCCAUUAGCAAAGAGUCACUGUAUUUUUUCCUUCAUUUUAAAAUGUUUUGGCAUCAAAUCUAAAAGCUUAAGAAAGAUUGACCAAGCAUGUUGCUCUUAAGGCUACCUAUAUUUUGUGGUAGAAUAUUAAAUUAUUGCUUCUAGAUUUGUUAACAAUUUAAGAAAUUUAGUCAUGCUUAUAUGCACUUCUAAAAUAAGUCUGUCUUGAAGACACCUUCUGGGGGUGUGAAUUUACUGGUAAAAACGGAAUAACAUGUUUUGUUUUAAGGCUUAGAGGUCUGAAAUGGCUGAGAAAAAUGUUUUUUAUAAAAGAAUAAAAGGACUUAAUUUAAGGCCAUUUUUAAAAAUGUAGAAGUAAUUGCCCAACUUUAAUUCCAGCAGACAAGCAAAUCUAACAGGUAUUUGAUAUUAUUGGAUACUGUUCAAGUUUUUUUUCUUCAGUAAAAAGGGAACGUAUUUUCAUUUACAUUCCAAGCUAUUAGGAAAAGAAUAUUUUAUUGUACAGGCUUUUAUCUCAUGUUUUUGCUUGAAGAUCUGAUGUGCUAUAAUUCCAUGAAUUAAAAAUAAUAAAGACUAUCAUUCUGGAUCUGAAGACUUUUGAUACAUUUCCAAAAGCAAUAUUAAUUUCCGGAAGCUUUGAUAAGUCGAUGUUAUAAUUAAUCUAAUUUUGUAUAGUUUUUGUAAAUAAAUUAACAUCCUGCACAAUAACGGAUACUUUUUGCUCCCAUCACUAAUUGUAGUUGUUUGAUACCAAAAUAAAUUUAGGUAGAGACUCUUAAAAUAAAUUAAGUUUUUUUUUGAAAAUAUAAAUCUGAAACCACUGUUUUUAUACUUGCUAACAAAUAUACUAUAUUUUAUUUGUAAACCAUACUCUACUAAUGUUGUAUGAGGAUUUUCCUCAUACAUAAAAACUUGCCGGGAUUAUGUUUUAUUAGCUGGCUUAACUAGAUGUAAAUUUUAGAGAGUUUCUUGUGGAAAUAGAGAGUGCUUAUGAAACAUGAGAGUUGCAAAGUUACACAUUCAUUUUUUUGUUGUUUCUGAACAUGCCUUUAAAUAAUCCUGUCAUUUUUUUUCCCCCCAGGGAUCUUUCUAAUGUAGCACAGGCCUGUAUCAUUUGAAGUACUCUUAGGCUGGUAAAUGUGGGUAUGAUUUGAAUAGUGAGUUCUGCUUCACAAUGGAAAAGCACUGGUUAUGGCAAAAUACUUUUUUAUUCCAACUGAAAGCUAAAAUAAUAACAAAGUAGUAUGGAACAAACUCUGUUGUUGCUUACUAAUUAUAAAAUGCAGUAGAUGACGCUUAUGUGAUUAAACAUAUAGCAGUAGACAAGGGUCUGAGUGCUUUGUAGGUGCCUAGUUACCACCUUCAUGAAGCAUUGUGUGUCUGCUCUGUUCAGUGUGCAGAAUGGUCUAGGGGAUAUUUGACUAGAGUGGUAUGUGUGAGGUAGAAUGAGCUGAACAAAUUAGAAGCCACUUAGUUUCCUACCUUGGAAAAAUCAGCUCUUAUUCUUACUGUUUUGUUUUGUUUUUUAUUGUUGAAAGACACAAGAGCUUUUUGAAAAAUGAAUGGCUUUGGAGAAUAGGAAUAUGUUUGUUUUAGGAAAGCCUAAGUAAUGGGAAGAUAGCAUAUAUUGAUCUAAUGCUGCCAUUUAAAUCGUUAGCUCACAGGUAUUUAUUAAAUACCUCUGAGGUGUUAGUUUUUUCAGAAUCUCAAACUCAGGGAUGUUACAGUAUAGAUUUUAGCACAGAAUAGACUGAGUAAUAAUGAAGAUACAGGUGUUACUGCUUUUUAUGCUCCUCCCUUUUGCCAAGGUAAGGAGAAUUUUUAAGUAGUGUGUAAUUAGUAAAUUAGAGCAAAAAAAUUUUUGACAGCCUUAUUUUUUAUCCAAAUUGAACUAAUCCUGGUGUUUGAGGAACUUGACCCAAACUUGAAUGAUAGGUGGUAACUGAUAAUAACAGGUCCUUUGCAUUAGGCCUUGGGCCACUUUUUGAUGUUCCUGCUAAUUCACAUGCUCAUAUAUAAAGCCUAUUACACCAAGUAGCCAGUGUAACAUACUAAUUAUGAAAAAUUUACCAAACCCCCAGAUCCUUUUGAUGAAUGCCAUCAACUCCUUUAUAAACUAUCAGGCAGUGUAUUUUUUCCUUAUAAAUCUUGUUGCCACAAUCCACUUUCAGCAAAUUAUUAGAUUCUAGGGCAUGAUUAGCUGAGUAAAGGUGUUCUGAAUCAUUUGAACAGUAAAACAAAUUGCAAGAAAAUAAAUAUUUUCAGUGACAUUUUCAAGGUAUUCAAAGAAGGAAUGAACCCACAAUUCGGGCUAACUAAAGUUGGCAGCCUAAAAAUUUCAAAAAUUCUCAGUUCUAUUCCAUCAUGAAAAGUAGUAAAAGAGUUCAGUUAGAGAUAUUUUUCCUUUAUUGUACCUGUUUAAUCCUCAAGUCAAACACCAAUAUGCUUUAACUUAAAACUAUUAGUUUUUUUUAUAUUUUUCGUUGUCUUUCUUUCUUUUUUUAUGGUAGGGGGCAGGUUAUUUGCUUGUUUUAAUGUUAGUCUUUUCCCUAUCAGAUGCCUUUCUUGAACAUUUCUAGUCAAUGAAAUAAGGCAUAAUGGCAUAUGUAGCCUUGCUAUGUGAUGCCCUUGUUGGAUUUGCAGUUGCCUUUCUGUUUUCUUUCAAGUAUAUUCCCUUUUUAAAACAAAAGAAGGCUAAUUAAUAUUAUCAAUAGGAACACAAAUGUAUUUGCUUGAUAAUUAAUCAUUAUUUAAAAUGCAUUGUGAUGAAAUGAAAAGUGUGUGAGUUCAGAGCAGAGGGUUCUGAUCUGCACAAACCACCUAUGUAACCUUGGAAAGUAACUAAAAUGAGGAAAAUAAAUUGUUAGCCAAUA